AUGUCAGAUGCCACUGAAUCUUCUUCUUCUACUCCUAUUGUGACGGUUCAUACCAAAUCAUCUACCAAUCUACCUAUGGGAUUCAAAUUGAAUGGAUCCAACUAUGAGAUAUGGGCUUCGAUGAUCGAACUCCAUGCUACUACACAAGGCAAAUUGGGUUACCUGACUGGCGACACUGAUGCCCCUGAUUCCCAAGACCCAAAAUAUGGGAAGUGGAAAAUUGCUGAUGCUAUUGUGAAAAGUUGGAUGCUACAAACUAUGGAACCCAAUACUGGAAUGCUUGACUGUAAACCAGCUGAUACAUCUAUUGUUGAGAAUCAUAAACUUGGUGUUUAUGUGGAUCAGAAAAAUGGCCACUUGGAUUUAGAAGGUUACACUAAUGCAGAUUAUGCAGGGAAUAUUACAGAUAGACGUUCUACAUCAGGUUACUUCACCUUUGUCGGUGGUAACCUAGUUACGUGUCGUAGCAAGAAGCAAAACGUUGUGUCUCGGUCCUCUGCAGAGUCUGAGUACAGAGGAAUUGCCCAAGGGGUUUGUGAAAUAUUGUGGUUGAGGUGGUUACUUGCUGAAAUUGGGUUUAGACCGGAUGCUGCUACAAAGCUCUACUGUGAUAAUCAUUCUGCAUUUGAAAUUGCUAACAUUCUGGUGCAACAUGAUCGAACUAAGCAUGUAGAAGUUGAUCGGCAUUUCAUUAAGUAG